AUGUGUAAAAGAACUUAUCCAAGUCACUUAAGGUUCUUCUCGGGGGCUCGAUCUAAAAUGGAGCUUGUGAUCAACACGGUCGAAGAGGCGAUCGCAGCGCCGGCACGAGUUGGCUACGGAGAAUUGCUACAAGACGAAAAAGUGCGAGCACUGGAGAAGGAGAAACCCGAAUUGUGGCACAUGCUCAACGUCUUGGCAUAUAGCACGUAUGCGGAUCUUUUGCCGUCGACUUCGCUCUCCAACGAGGCGACGAUGAAAAUGCAACAGUUGACGAUUCUAUCGAUGGCCGCAAAAGAACGACAAAUCCCAUUCGAUCGUCUGCUGAGUGCACUCAAACUUGACACCGAUCGUGCUGUUGAGGAUUUGAUCAUUGAUGCGAUGUACAAAGGAUUGCUGAAGGGUCGCCUCAACAGUAUGAAUCGAUGUUUCGAUGUUGAAGAAUGGCAACCCCGAGAUUUCCCACUCGAGAACUUGCCCGCAGUUCGACAGUUAAUAUCAACAUAUUUUUUGGCUUUCUACGCUUGCCUCAACAACGUGGAACAUGUGGUCAGCGAGUGCAACAAAAUGGCCGCAAUUGAAGAGAACAACGCUUUCGUGCAAAAUGCAGAGGAGAAGGCCCGGAAGAAAAGAAUUGCAAAUGCUCGAAAAGAAGUCGAAGAGGGGAUGCGCAGUGUGAUUAACCUACCCGGUUUCUUGGGCGGAAUGGGUGGAGGCAGACCCCAUCUUGGAAUGUCCAGCACAUCGGUGCAGAAGGAGAAGCGAAAGAUCCUCCGAAAGAUCAACAUUUUCAAG